CACAUUAAUUAGAGAAAAUCACAAAUUAUAAGAAGGGAGCUACACCUGAAUAUUGCAUUAUUGCAAGUGUAACUAACUAUGUCUAUAUUCACCUUCUAUCUUUGCUAUUUCAUACUCAAUAUUAUUAUUAUUAUUGGUUACUCCUUUUCCCAUCAAAGCCAUGCCUCUUAUUAUUGCUUGCCACAAAACCACAGAGCCCUAUUCAUAUUUGGAGAUUCAUUGUUUGAUAAUGGAAACAAUAACUACAUCAACACCACCACUUUUCUUCAGUCAAAUUUUCCUCCUUAUGGCAAAACUUUUUUCAAAUAUCCCUCUGGAAGAUUUUCUGAUGGACGUGUAAUACCAGAUUUUAUUGGUGGCUAUGCAAAGUUACCGCUAAUUCCGCCAUAUUUGCAUCCUGGAUACAACCAUUAUCAAUACAUUUAUGGGGUGAAUUUUGCAUCAGCUGGAGCUGGUGCUUUAGUUGAAACUAAUAAAGGAGCGGUGGUUGACUUGAAAACUCAGUCAUUUUACUUUGGACAAGUUAGCAAGCAAUUGAGGCAGGAUCUAGGAGAAGAGGAAGCCGACAAAAUGCUCUCAAAAGCUGUCUACAUAUUUUCCAUUGGAGGAAAUGACUAUGCUGCCCCUUUCUAUAGUGCAAAUUCCAGCACUGCGCCUCUUCCAUACCCUCCACAACAAUUUGUAGACUUUGUGAUUGGCAACAUUUCUUCGGUGAUCAAAGAUAUCUAUAAUGAAGGUGGAAGAAAAUUUGGAUUUUUAAAUGUGUAUCCAUUGGGAUGCAUACCACUUCUAAGGAUACUUAUUGCUGAAAACAGCUUUGAUGAUUGCUUGCAACAAGAAGCUACCGUUCUUGCAAGGCUUCAUAACAAUGAACUUCCCAAAAACCUUCAGAAGCUUGAGAAAGAGUUAAGUGGAUUCAAAUAUUCACUCACCGAUAUCUACGCUGCAUUUCUUGACCAUAUGGAAAACCCUUCUAAAUAUGGUUUCAAAGUGGGGAGUGAAGCUUGCUGUGGAGGUGGUCGUUAUGGAGGAGAUUAUAGUUGUGGAGGGAAAAGAGGAAUUGAAACAUAUCAUGUAUGUAACAAUUCUAAUGACUAUGUUCUCUUUGAUGCUGCUCAUCCCACUGAUAAGGCUGCUAACCAUAUUUCCCAGAUCAUGUGGAUUGGAGGUGAUACACAUCCUAAACAAUCUUCUCACAAUCUCAAACAACUCUUCCAGCUUUGAACAUUUGUUAGAUCAUCCCCAUGAGCGUUCACUAGUUAAUAAGAAUAACUAAACAUUCAUUAAUAUAUAUAAAUAUAUAUGCUCUCUGUUUGAAUUUCUCCUUA